GCGCUCAGAUUUUUUUUUAUAUAUAUAUUUUUUUUUUGCAACAACGCUAUUUUAAUUAUUGCUUGACCGUUUUUUUUUUUUGGUCUGAGCACAAUCUGCAGAAGCCAUUGAUCCUGAGUACUGAUUCGAGUCCAUGUCGCCUGUACGAUACGUUUACCUUACGGCACCGCUGCCAGACCAACAAUGUUAUCUAAAGAUUUUUACACUAUGACGUUGUUGCAGUCCAGUGCACAGAGCUCCUGUCAUUGUAUUUUCUUUCAUUUAUGUCACAAAUCCGGUUUCGAAAAAUAACAAUGGAACACGCAAACCAGGAAAAAGCGUUCGUAUAUUAAACUGUUUAAGAUUCAGCUACUGGGAACAAAAAGUUCCAAGUAGCACGGGCUACGGUGAGCCCGUAGUGGACUUGCCUGGCACAGGAGCGGGGCUGUAACUUGGGGUAUAUUAAGUUGUUGUUUCAGAUUUAGCUACUCAGAAUGAAGUGUCCAUGUAGCACAGGCCAUGGUGAGCCCGUAAGGGUAUAUUUUAAGCAUUAAGGCUAACUAUAUAGGCCUACUCCCCCCCCCCCGCCUUGAUGGAAGAUGAAUGAGGUGGACGGGUUAGAAGAGUGGUCAGCUGGUGGCCCACACAUCAUCACUACACCCAACACCCGAAUAUGGAGGUGGUUUAGGGCUGGUCUUCCCCUGCGGUAUGUGGUGGUGGUGCUGGGGCUGCUGGGCUGCUGCAUGGACUACCUGGUGCGAGGGGGGCUGAAUAUUGCCAUAGUUGCCAUGGUCAACACCACUCGCUCAACGCUCAAUGAUUCCCAUCUUCCCAGUGGCGCCUGCCCCGCUACUCGCAAUCUCUCUCACAAUGGCACUGAUGAUGACGAUUUGCAGGGUGGUGGCGAAUUUGACUGGAGCUUGGAGGAACAAGGGAUCAUUCUUGGCACCUUUUUCUGGGGCUACUUCUUCACCAAGACCUCAGGUGGUCGCUUGAGUGAGAUUCUUGGUGGACGAGAGAUGAUGGCAAUAAGUCUUGGAGCAUCAGGAAUGCUAUCUCUCUUGUGUCCAUAUGCUGCCUAUCUACAUCCAAUGGCUCUGGCAAGUCUACGGUUUAUCAUGGGUCUAGUACAGGGCCCUGCCUUUCCUGCUUUAUAUAGUGUGCUGGCCAGCUGGUCUCCGGCAGAUGAGUUGGCCACCAUGGUUACUAUUGCUUACUCAGGAAUGUCCUUGGGCAGUUUGGUGGCAAUUGGCACCUCUGGGUGGGUGGUACAUCAGCUAGGAUGGCAGUGGGUGUUUUGGGGUGGUGGCACAUUGGCACUUGUGUGGACACCUUUCUGGCUGUAUUUUGUCCGCAACUCUCCCAUCAAUCACCCACUCAUAUCUGCCGAGGAAGAGGAAUUAUUGGGAGUCAACUACUCAAUCAAGCCCAGGAGGAAUGUUCCAUGGACUCACCUUAUCCGCUGCUAUAGAUUCUACCCAUGUAUUCUGGCUGAGUUUGCGACUUCUUGGGUAGGAAAUCAGACCAUCACUGAGGGGCCAACUUUUCUCAAGAUGCAGAUUGGGAUGAGUUUGACUGAAGUAAGUUGGGUGCUGGCUGGCGGCCAAACCUGCAGCUGGAUAGGAUCCUUUACCUUUGGCAGACUAUCAGACUUGCUUAUUCACCAUAACAUUUUUUCAAAAGUAAACACUAGAAGACUCAUGCACUUCAUUGGAAUGAUGUUAGUGGUUGUGGGUCUAUGUUGUAUGGUGUGGGCAGGAUGCCACAAGUGGGUAGUGUCUGCUCUGCUGGUGUUUGUCAUGAUAGGCACCUCCACCACCCUGAGCACCUUCACACUCGCACCAAUGGAUCUUGCGCCCAACUAUGCUGGGACUUUGUCAGGAUUACUGGGAAUAGGUAACAUCAGUGGCUUUGUGGCUCCCAUUGCUACAGCAGAAAUAAUCGCCAAGACUGGUGGUUGGACGGGUUCAUUGCUGCUUGGAAGUGGCCUUUACUUGUUGACAGGCUUUAUCUAUAUGGCUACUGUCACUACAGAGGUUCAAGACUGGAAUUAUUAUGAAGAUUUACAUAGCCUCAUUGAAGAUCAACAGCCUUGACAAAAAAAAUAACUAGGGGACUUUAUUAUGAAAUUAGCAUUUGUAAUAGUGAGAAUUUGUAAAUAGUAAAAUAUGAGCAUGUAGUUCCACUGACUGCCUUUUUAUAUGCAUUACCAAACAUUGUUGAUUACUAAAGACUGUAUAAAAAUCAUUUAGAAUUAUAGAAUUAAAAAAUAAAACAAAGCUUUAGGGGCCUAUCCUUUGAGUUCUAUCAACACUAAAUAUUUCUUAUAUGUAGUCUUUAUAUUUACCCAUAUUUAAAUAUUUUACAUAAUUAUAUAUUCAUAAUACAGCAUGGAAAGUAAAUGUAAUCACACUUUCCAUAAAGUACAACAUUAAAUUAAAAUAUAUGGAGCUUGUCAUUUAUUUAAUGUUAACUUAUAAUAAGAUGAUACAUUUCACCUAUUAUACAGUAUUGUAUGUCAGAAUCUGAGCACAGUCCAAGGGAAAUACAGUAUUUUUUUUUAUAGUGGACAAAAUACUGUACAGUAUACUCGGCUGUGUUCUACUUUAACCCUUUUUCCCUAGUUUGUGACCCCAUCCUAUUUUUCAAAAUAUUAUAAAUUUUAAGUUUUUUUAUUUAAAAUUAUUAAAAUUUCAUAAGCUAA